AUGAAGCGCUGGAAGCAGGUCAAAGACCAGCUUGAUGCUAAGCGCAACAACGACAACAACAACAACAACAACAACAACAACAACAACAACACCAGCAACAACGACGACGACGACGACGACGCAUCCCCACCUUACAAAGCUGGCUGUAUCUCUUCCGACUCCUUCUCCGACCUCCGACAGCUGCAAUCACGAGCCUCCUUCGACCAUUCCGCCCCUUCCGCCUCAAAUCUCAUGCCGCCCAUCACCAAGAGCACCAGUCGCACCUCCCUCGACAUCCCUGCACGCUUCAACAAACUCAUCAAAAAGUCCAAUUCCAGCUCGGAGCUCGACUCUGCCUCGCCAGCAGAGACCUACAACAAGACUCUCGGCAACGCUUUCAAGCGUUUCCCACGCCCAAGAGCUCGCACCAAUUCCACCUCUUUCGCUCUCACCGACGCUGCAUCCUCCUCGUUGCCCUCAAAGAUUACCAACCCUCGCAAGUGGGUCAACAGCCUUCUAAACCAGGCAGCUCCCAGCAUCGGUCACCUCGAGACUGCUGCACAAGCGCGUGUUCGUGCCGAAUCCGAUGUGUCCAGGCCUUCACCUGCCCCCGUCAGCUCGCUUGUCCUCUCCCAAGCCAUCACACCAUCAACCUCUCGUCAGGUCUACACCAUCGACUCGGGCUUGCAACGCAAAACCUCCGCCGCCGGUCGAUCCGCCAGCAUCUAUUCCUCUCAUCUCAGCUCGGCUUCUCGCUUCACGCCAGACCUACAUACAAGCUCCGUCACACGUCACCGCAACAUGCAAAGCCAAGAGGACGACGAGAUUGAUGUCUCAAUCGCACGCGAUCGCUCCAAUAACCAGCUUGCACCUGGUGAGGAGGCUGUGCUCAACAUGCUCGACUCUGCCUCUGCUGUUGGCAGCACCGUGUCAGCUCCCGUACCAGCAACCCCAUUCCAGACCGCAACACCCGGCUCGCUGGCCAGAUCUCGUUCCUUUACCACCACCACCAGGUUUCAAAGUCCAGCAUCCCAGUACAGUCAAGACUUUCGUUCGCCUUUCUUGGCGGGUGCAUCUUCUCCUGCAGCCGGCGUCAGAGAGGCUAUUCGUCAGCGCGAGCUGCUCGACUCAACCACAGCCGGCUCAAACUUUUCAGCCACUCGACCAGCCUUGUCACCAGCGACCUCGGCUUUUCUCACCAACAUUGCUUCCAACGACGUCGAACCUCUUCAAUCCAGUCAAACUUCGUCAACCAUCUUUUAUCAGCGCAACGCACAGGCUUCAGCCAGUAGUUCGCCUUCCGACAAGAAAGUUUCACGAGUACCCGUCCCUACUCUAGAGACCAAAUUGCUCUCUCCACCAUUUACUGCACCUUCGAUCGCCUUCCCACGUCGAGCAACAGCCGCGUCCACCAGCUUGCAGCUCCCCGUCUCUCCUAUCGACAGCAGCCUGCUAGGCACCUCGGCCAAUGCCACCAGCUUGUGGAGCAGACCCGGUAACGUGCCCGACACCCCCUCCACCACCCAUGACCCAAUCUCCCCAAUGCUUUGGUCAGCGGCGUCUUCGGCACCCUUCAACUGGCAUUCCAAACUUCAGCGCCAGCCUACAAACGAUCACAGCGACAAAACAAAACUCGUCUACGCGCUCGAGCCCGUCGUUCCAUCCAGCGAGGUUGCGCAACAGGCGGAAAAACAUUCCGAGCGCGUAUCCUCGCUCAAGCCCGACCUUCAUCGUCAUCGGACCGACUUCACAGAGGCUACCAGCAUCUCUUCCAGCACCGCAGCACUCGGCACGUCGUGCACUGAUACUCAGGACGAGACCGUCACUGAGACAAAUGCAGCACAAGCGACCCAAACAGCUCUGUCUGCUUCCGAGCCAGCAACAAGCCGCCCGCUUUCGCACGUAUCCUCGGUCAGCAGCUCCCUUGCCGCCAUUCGAGGCAUGUUUAGCAAAGCUGCGUCCGUGACUAUGGCGUCUACAGAGUCUGCAAGCUCACCAGCCCGUUCCACCGAGCCUGCCGUAGGCCCUGUCUCCUCCACCUCUGUUGCGGCUGUCGCUAAGGAGCUCGAACAGCGCUCAUCGACGCCUUCUAGACCAUCAAGCCCGGAAAAGCUGACCAUGCCCGCUUCACCCACAAAGGCAAAAGAUCUCAUUGCCUUGUUCGAGAGCAACUCGGCCAAUGCUUCGCCUACGAUCGAGCAAUCUCAUCCUUUCUCUCGCGCUGCAACACCCAAAUCCAAGCUCUCACCCUCAAAGUGCGCAACUUCCACCGUCAGCAGCCUCAACACGACGCCAAAACGCCAGACCCCGCUCACCAUCUCUGUCUCUCGGUCCAACCUAGGCCUUGCCGCAUCUAGCUCUGCUAGUGAUGCUCCCACCGAGCACACGUCGCCCGUCAAUGCCAAGCUCCGCGCUCAGCGCUUCGAAGCGGGCCGAUUCCGACCCAGACGAGCCGGCGUCGUGGGUGUCGGCGGCGAACGCCAAGACGCCAGCUUUGGCGGUCUUGCCAGUGACGAAUACGACGACGAGCAUGACGAGAAUGCAGCGCCGAGUAACGUGCCGAGUGACGCGCACAACGUUGCUGGUCGCUUCCGAUCGCUAGGCGUAGCCUCUCAACAUUCUAGAUCGCAGUCGACCCCCACCGAUGUCAGCGCCAACAUGCUCGGGUUUGGCACUUCACCCGCACGCCAGCCGCCUUUUGUUGGGCGUCGUGCCUCUCCCUCUCAAGACAAGACGCUGAAUGCAGUCAGUCCGGAAAGAAAGGGCGCUUUUCGCAACAGCAUCACUGGAUUCAUGGGCGUACUUUCAGGCAAGUCGGCAAUCUCUGGCACAGCCGGUGGUGGCCAGACUAGCAACUAUGGUCAAACGCUUGCGCCUGGUCUGCUAUCCGAACGACGUCACAGCGCCAAGUCGGAUCAAGAUGACAAUGUCAGCGUCGCCAGCGCGGCCACGCAAGGAACUACCGCCUCGUACCGUCGAAAGAAAGAGGAGGGAAAUCUGCCUUUGACCAGUGUCACAGCCAUUCAGAUGUCUGGAGAACAACCAGGCACCAAACCGCUCCGCGUUGGAGUGCUAUACUACUUCAACGUGCACGAUCCCAACCCACGAUGGCUUCGUGUCAAGGCGGUUCUCUUGCCGUCGGCUAUCGCAAUGAGCUGGAUCCCAGCAGGAGGAGGUCGCGAAAAUGUCGUCCUGGACCUCCGAGCGUGCAGAGAGGUUCAUUCUGUCCCGAGCCCCGAUCAUCCAAGUAGUGUGUCGGACGUUGGAGCAGCAUGUGCUCGUAGACAAGGCCUCGACCAGAUCAGCCCUUUCCAACUCAUCUUUGACGAUGGUGUAGAGAGGCUAGCCGCCGAAUCCGCCAAGGAGCGAGUGCAAUGGGUCACUUCAGUCUGGGAUGUAUCAGGAGGAGGAACCGCUCAGCCGCACAGCGCACAUGGAUCGGACCUCGCCAACUCUGGGCACGACGCGCAACCCAAAGCAGAUAGCUCUCGACUGAUGCAAGCAUCGCCGGCCGCUCGAGAAAUACGCCUGGUCGAUCCGAGCCCGACACGACCAAAUCCUGCAACUCUCAGUCCGAUGUCGUUGAGGCCCGGAAGCAAUGAGGAAGCCAUCGACCGCAUCGGAUCUAUUUGGAAGAGUGAGUUGUCCUCAGAACUGACCAACAAAGAGGUACAGCCGAGCUUUGGAGCAGCGAUGGACAGUGCAGCAGCAUCCGCACCGCCUCCAUUACCACCCAAGGAGACUCGCUCGGCGCCGACACUCAAUGCACAACCACACAGUACCAAGCCUGCUCCGACGGCCAACAUUGCAGCCGCACUUACACCAGCUCUAGCGUCUGUAGCUUCGGCGCCGCUGCUGACACCGUCGGUUUCCAACAGUCCGGUGCGUUCCAAAGUGCGCAGCUGGCAGCGCCCGCCUCUGGACCUGAGCACCGGCUACGUGCACGAUCUCACUCCCAAGACGCCAACCUUGAUCGAGCCUGGCGCGGAUCUCGUCCAUUCGACGCCAGCUUCGUAUGCCGACGACAAGAGUAGCAGCAAGUCCGUCACGGAUAACUCUCGGCGCAUCCAAGGCGAUCGGUCGCCGGCGCUGUCCUCGCCAGAUCUAGACGGCUAUGCGUCUGCUCGUUCGCAGGGCAGCUUGAUCGAUGAGUUUGGUCCUCGAACGCCUGUCAGCGAGGCUGUGUUCAACUGGUCGAGACUCGACAAGGAGUCGGAUCUCAACCCCAGCGAUUCCGCUUCUCAACGACCGGCACGCAGUGAAUUUGGCACCAUCAAAAGCACCGCUUCUGGCGUUGAGCGAAAGAGAAGCCUCCGUACGAAAGCCGACGACGGCGACAUAGACGUGUGUGUCACCGACGCUAUGCACAAGUCAGACAGCCAACGUACGCCAGCGCAGCUCUUGCGCGACAGCGUUCUCGGAGCAUCGCUGGGCACUCGUGAUUCAUCCGCAGCGCUUUUCAACGAUUCGCCGGCCGGCCGAGCCGAUCGUCUCGGGACCGUGAUCGAAGAGACGUCGUCGCAGGCGCAGAGCACCCGCAUGAAUGCUUCUGUGCGCAGCAAUGCACGAAGCAAGCUCGAUCAAGUGGUCGCCCGAGCCAUCGAAACCGGAUCAGUCAAAUCACCAAUCGCUAGAAGCGCUCUUUCACGACUGUCGAGCGGCGGCAGCAUCAACUCGCACGAUGUUGGCAAGCUUCUCGAGCUGCUCGAAGAGCAACAGCAAGAGCGUCUCUCAAAGGAGAAGGAGCUCGAGGAUCAGAUCAAAAGUUUUCAGCAGGUGGUCUCGGAUUUGCAAAAGAACAACUCCACCAGCAGCUCGCAUCGUUCUGCAACAAGAAAGACCUCCAUUACCACCGCGAGUGGCGACAGCAAGGUGACCAGCACGUCUGCUCGCGACUCAGAGCUGGCGGCGAUGCAGCAAAAGCUAGAUAUGGUGCUCAAACUCGUCACCAAUGUCGUAGCUGAUCCUGCAGUCCACAAGAGGGCCCAGAGCGAGUCUGCGACGAUUCUCAACGCUGCCAACGUGCACCAAGAUGCGGAAAGCGCCGAAGUUGCGCGGAUUGAAAGCGUGCUUUCCAAGCUACUGCGCAAGAUGCAAGUGUCGGAAGAUGCAGCCAUGUCACCUAGGUCGCGCGAAAUGGUGCGUUCCGCCGCGCUGUCGCACAAUCCCAGCAUGAUCGAUGAGUGGGACCGAAUGCCCGUCGAGUUGCGCGGCAACGAGCUGAUCAAGUCGAUGCAAGACCGCGCCAAGUUUGGCAAGGACGGACGAAACGAGGCGAUCCAAAGCGACUACGCCAUGAGGUCGAUCUCGCCUGAGAUGGUUCGAGCAGGCAGUGCGCCAGCAGGUGCCACCGAUUCGGGAGCUUCCGUCACCGCCGACAUUGAUCCGAGGAGGCGCUUUUCUGCGUCGAUGCCACGACGUGCUUCGGGCAUUAGCAUUGCAGCCAGUGCAUCUGCCACUGACCUGAGCCGGAUCCCCCCGCGCAGCUGGUCGUCGGAGCGCGGCAUCCCUUCGCCCCCGCCCAACUCGGAGUGGGACGCCAAGUCGAUGAUCAGUCGACCGCCAUCGCGAGCAACGGCGCAUAUGGGCCUGCCAGGACGCGCUCCAGCUCAAAACUUCCGCAUGCUUGGCGAUCCAGCCUCGACGCAAGCAACACCGCGCCCCGUGAUGGUUCAGAACGAGCCGAGCUACGGUUCACUCGACAUGGAGGCCGAGAUCCGUAGGAGACGUGCACAGCAGCAGGCAGCUAGCGGUGCACCGAUCCCGUCGGCGCAGCUCGGCGGCUGGUAUACGCCCAAAGUGGCUCAAGUGGAAGAAUCUGGGACACAAGCGUCUUCUUCCUCGGUGACAGCCGAGGCGUCGGUCGCCAACGUCGAUAAGCCUGUCCCGCCAACACCUAGUGUUCGAUGGGCGGUGGGCGAUAUCGUCGAAGAACCCAAGACUGCGCAAACUGCUGCCGAGAGGACGCCUGAUGGACUGGGCUUGUCCAUGUCUGCCGCUGCGAUGGGCGAAGCCAAGUUUGCUGGGCCGCCUCCGACGCCUGGUGUGGGCCACGUUUCGUCUGCUGGCAGCGCAUCCGGUGGCUCAGCACUUGGCACGCCAAACGCUGAGCUCGCCACCAUCUUGCAGGCGCUCAAGCAGAGUGAGAUGGCGCGUCAGACGCAGCUCCAGCAACAGACCGAGAUUUCCAGGUACCUCAACGAGCUCAACGCGUGGUUGGAGAAGGAUGUUGUCGAUCGAUCAAAGGAAUGGCGUACGCUCGCCAGCGGUGUCUCGCAACUACACGACGAGCUCAAGGCGCUCAAAGAAGGUCGAAGCUUACCGUCUUGCGUGAUCGCUCCGAAUGCUCCCGAGGUAAGAGUCGCGGACGCAUCGGAUGCGGCACGACCACCAUCGCUGCUCAGACCAGGCACGGAAGGCGCUGUACCCGCUGUCACUGAGCGCGGCGAUUUGGCACCUGUGGCCCAAGUGGUUACGAUGGGCGACAAAGCGAAUGCAUCCAAGCGGUCUGCGGGCACGCGAAAGUGGAACGAGCGACGCAGCGAGUCGGCGUCGGUCGGCGAGGCGGAGAGCCCGUGGUACAAGCCCGACGAGCCGCAACGUGCGCGCAAGAGCAGCUUCAAGACGAAAGCUGCCAAAGCGGCAGCGGCAGCGAGUGGUGCGCUGCUGAUUCGGCAGGCGCUGCGAGAGUGGGAGCGCUUCAAGGCGAUGCGACGAGCGUCGGGUCUACCAGAAGAUCCGUUGCCUGCUGAUGCCACUGGCGAUCCUGAAAUCGACACCCAACUGCCGCUUCCAAGUGCAGCACUGCACGAGCUCAAGAAUGCUGCAGAUGCCGAGGAUAAUCUGCGCAUCGCCGACUUGAUCCGUCAGUGUGCAGAAGCGGGCUAUGGCACACAGGCAAUUAUCGAGCUGACCAAGUAUGUGGAGAGCAAGGCGCCCGAACCCGAGUCCGAGAGCGAUGGUGCUGAUGCCGACGACGCGUCUCCGCUGGACGGCGAUACGCUGAUGCCCACUCCUUCGCCGUACCGCACGCGUUUUGCGGUGCAAGACGAGCCGGAGGAGCCGAAAUCCGACGACGCCAAAGGUUUCAUUCAGAUGCAAACGCCCGUCCCGGCGCGUGUGGCUGAGCAGGAAAAGGCCAAAGAGACGGCGCUCGAGGAGGUGGAGGAGGUAGACGAGGCAGAUACCGGAUCGGGAUCGGGAUCAGGACCCACUACGGCUGCGCUGGCGCUUGCGGUCGAGGAAAUCCUCAAGCACCUACUUUCGUCGAAAGAAGAGGCCAAGCAGAAACAGAGCGAAGCGGAAGCCAAGGAGGCGGAGCGGAAAGCGCAGGAAGCGGAACGCGAACGGUCGUUGCUCAGCCUGAAAGAAAAGGAGAAAGCGGAGCUGGUGGAUCUUCUAUACAGUCGUAUUGCAGCGGACAAGGCGGCUGAAGAAGCCAAGGCGAAAGAGCUGGAUCCCAAGAGUGCGAUUGAGUCGCUUGUUGCUGCGAUCAACGCGCAGAAGGAGACCGAGGUGAAAUCCGCGGCUGCGGCUGACGCGGCGUUGCGCCAGAUGACGUCCGAGCUGCUCAAAUCGACGAGCGAGCAGAACCACAAACUGGUGGAAGCGGUGAAUGCAGCUUCGCGCGAUAUGCUCCGCCACAACGUCCAGCAGCAUGCCGACGAGUUCAAGCGCUUGUUGCACAAGGAGGUCACCGGCAUGUUUGAGGAUGUCGGUAAGAUCCGCGAGGCCAAACGCCAUUUGGAGUUUGAAAUCGCCGAUUUGUGGAGUAUCAAAUCCAGGCAUUUGCAGACUCCUGGCGCUAUGCCGAUUGCGUAUAGUGUGCCUGGUGGGUAUCCGGCGAGUCCUGCGAUGGGCGGCGUGGGAAUGGGAAUCGGAAUGCCGCUCCCCAUGCCGAUGCCGCAGAUCACGCACUAUCACGCUAGCCCCAUGCCGACACAUGCUCCGGCGCAUUUGUCGCCCAUCCCGGCGCCAGCUCCACCUGCCGCCGCCCAGAUCGACUCGUUAAAGGCUCAGAAGAAAGCCGUCAAGGCAGCGCUCAAACAGGCGGUUGCCGAGAGCAGUCCUGCUCCAGCACCUGCACAAGUCACACCUGCGCCCGCGCCCGCGCCUGCUCCAGCUCCUGCUCCUGCUCCUGCUCCUGCUCCUGCUCCUGCUCCAGCUCCCGCGACCAACUUCCUCACUCGAAAGAAAGACGUCCUGAACCCGUUCAGCAUCAACUUUGGCCCCCGCGCGCCUGUCUCCAAAUAG